AUGGCAGAGUCCCCAAGCCAACAUGACGAGGACUCGCCUUCUGAACAGGCAGCCUUUACGCCUUCUGACACCGGUGCGGAUGGCCCCCCCGAGUCCUCCUCCUCCUCCGCCGGCGCCAGCUCGGAUGCCACCUCCAAGAAGAGGAAGAAGUCGUCGGCUGAGACGGAUAGGCCCUCCAAGCCCGUCAAGAAGCGGGCGCCGCAGGCCUGCCAAGAGUGUAGGAGCCGCAAGGUUCGCUGUGACUACAAGGAGAAGGACGGAUACGUGACCAAUUAUCCUUGUGGGAAUUGUCGCCAUGCCAUGGUGCAGUGCAUUAUUCCUCCCAGUAAGAGAAAGAGGCGCCAGACUCAAUCUCUGCUCUCCAAGCCCUCUAUCCUACCAAACCCAACACCUACAAUCUCCAUCGAAACUGGUCUGGUGGCGGGUGACGAUGCUUUACAGCGAGCGCGUGACUCGUUCUCGGAGAUGAGCGGUCAGGGUGCACAAGCAGCAGUACAGCCUUGUCGGACGUACGCCGGUGGAUCAGCAGUAACACAACUCCCUUGGGGCCCGACCGAAGAAUCCCAGGCAUGGCUUGCGCUUGUGCCGCCGCACGUGAGGCUGCCGGCCGCAGGGAAGAUCACACGUGAAGGCCUGCAGCAUCUGCACCAGAUGGGCGCUCUGGAGCUGCCUGAUGUGACACUCGAGAGACAGUUGUUGCUGGCAUACAUUGAACAUGUUCACCCUGACUUUCCUGUGCUGGAGCUUCACAAUUUCAUCCGGCGAGUCAGCGAUCGGAAUGGACGGCAUGGACAGCUCAGCCUCCUCCUCUACCAAUGCGUCAUGUUUGCCGCAUCGGCUUUCGUCGAGUCUGCACACGUGACGGCGGCUGGCUUCAAGAAUCGCAGGGCACUAAGGCGCUCCAUCUUCCAGGCAGCAAAGCUGCUUCAUGAUUUUGACUACGAAAACGACAAAUUUGUCCUCGCUCAGUCGUCGCUGCUGCUGUCCUUUUGGUACGACGCCCCAGAUGACGCCAAAGAGACGUGGUAUUGGUCUGGCAUCGCCAUCUCGCAGGCCCAGGCCCUCGGGCUGCACCGGACAAACGUGAGCAACAACAUCGACCCAGUGAGGAGGAGGCAUCGCAGGAGGAUAUGGUGGUCCUGCGUCAUGCGAGACCGGCAGAUCGGCCUGGGGAUGUCCCGGCUCAUCAGGAUCAAGGAUGAGGACUUUGACCUCCCCAUGCUGGAAGAGAACGACUUCGAGAUCGAGGUCCUGGCAGACAACCUGUUGGUCUCCCGGGAGGACUGCCCCGUCCUCUUUGACGUCGGGAUGCAGCAGGAGCUGGCCGAGAUGUGUGUGGAGAAGGCCAAGCUGUACGUGCUGGUCGGGCGUGUGCUGAGGGCCGCCCAGUCAUUCCAGGAUGCCACGAGCACCCGCACGAGCUCGACGCCGGCGACCAUCGUCGACAACCUGCAGACCCUUGACAAGGUCCACCGCGAGCUCGCCGCAUGGGCCGCGGCGCUCCCACCGACGUGCCAGUAUCGGACGUUAGAGCGCUGGGAUGUCGAACACGGCCGCACACCGGUCGCGAUGCAGCGCAGUCUCUUGCAGAUGCUCUACCAGACCACAGUCGGGAAGAUCUACCACCCCUUGAUCCGCCCCCUCCGCAUCCAAGAGUCGAGGCUGGACCCAGCUGCCGAACAGCACAUCUCCCUAGUGGCUCGCCAGAAGUGCAAGGGCGUUGCGGCCGAGAUCACUCGUGUGGCCGGGGAGAUGCACGCGCUAGAGCUGGACAGGUAUUUCCCAACGACAGGAGUGACAGUGAUCAUGCCGGCCAUGCUGGUCCACCUACAGGACGUCAGUGACCCUGUCAAGGCAACACGCGAGGAGGCGCAGAGGGGCUUCGACACGUGCAUGAAAGUACUGCAGACGCUUCGUGAGACGUAUGCGGCGGCCGAGUACGCAGCCAUCUUCAUGGACAACGUCAUCAGGAACAAGCCUGGCUCGCCGUUGAUGGGUGGCCUCGAAGCGAUGCAGAUGCCCAUGGGGACGUUGGGCCCGCAGACACUGGCACAAGAGAUGGCACAACAGGUGACGGCGAACUCAUGGCCUGUGGACAUGAUGUCGCACGAGCACAGCUCGGAUGCAUCGGACUCGAUGUCGCCCGGGACGUCCACCCACACCCAUGACGCGGGCCACCAUCAAGAGGAAGAUAUGUCCGGGGCAGCGUUUGGCAUCGUGCCAGGCGACAUCUCUGCAGAGGGGCUUAAUUUUCCGCGGCUGGAUGAUGGGUGGCAGAACUGGCUCAACUUGCCCCCCGAGCUGGAGCUGAAUGAGCACGACAGCGCUGGCUGGGUUGCCGUCUCGGAGCAUAUAGAACCUGGGUCCUUGGAGCCCCACGGAGCGGAGGUUUUCUCAUGA